AUGAAUACAUUCUGCCUCUCCCCAACCGAUGUUCCUACUACUCUCUAUAGAGUCCAAUAUGGGGAUUCUAUGACGGCUUAUGAUAUACACGAGGGGCUCGAGGCAGCUGAUACGGUCACGUUUUAUGAUAAUGAUGGAGGGGACGAACAGGAAGUAGAAGAUACCCUUCAAGAGUUUGGCGAUGCAGUAGAGCAGCACCUGAACUGGGACACUGGCUACGAGAGCAUGUUCAUCUCGCUUUUCUCUCAGAGACGACAUGCUGAAAAUUGGAUAAACUGCACUCUGCUUCAGAUUAGUACGGCCCCCCUCAACGGGUUUUCCAUAUUUCGUGCCGAGGAGAUCGUUGAUGCGCUUUCGUUGGCAAUCCCUGAAGCAGCCCGAGCAAGUGUUGCUAGGGAGUAUCUUAUUGCACAUUAUAUACCCCCACGUGCUAUCAUAAGAAGUCAAACCGUUGAUGACAUUUUGGCAGGUCGAAACCGGCGUCAUCGUUCUAUUUUAGGCCCUUUGCGGCCGUCCCGGGCUGAGGACAUGGCAUCGCCCGAGCUUAUUGCACAACUUGAGGCGAUGGGAAUAUGAUAAGAGAAGGCCAACAUAUCCUUUCAGCUACAGGGGCAGCUUUCCUGUCAUUGACUACAUUUUUUGAGAAAGUCAUUCUAGAGGCUCCAGUAAAUUCAUG